UUGUCUGGAGAGGGAGGGUGGGAAGUGUAAGCCAGUCACAGCAUCUCUCCUUCUCACUGCACCAGGGCUGAGGGACUAUUCGUCCCUUCGCUUCCAUCGCUGCAGAUUUAACUCAUUUCCAUCAACGCAGUCAUCUUUUUUUUCUGGCUUUUCACUUGCUGCUUUUGACAGAUGCAUUCCAUUCAUCCCAAUCUGUAUCCAGGAUCUAAGGAUUUCUUGAUUAAAGACGCGGGUUGUACACUUUAACAGAAUCAUGGGGACGUUUGCAGAGGACAGUGCUUGAAACUGGGACUCCGACUAGGACUUUCUUUUACGCUGCUAGAGUGGAUUCCCUGCCACUGUUUCGUUGAGGACGACAGACCUACUGAGAGAGGAGUUGUAGGACCCCGUGCCUCUUCAAACUAGUGCAUACUUCAGAGCACGAAAGCAAGUUAGGAAAUCUAUGGUCGCAUUAAGCACUUGAGGAGAAGGUGCUGAUGCUCCCCCGCCAAUGCUUCAGAAUGUCACAGCAGCAACAACACACAUUUAUGGGAUAAAUAGAUGGAUUGCAGAUUGAUCGCCACACGCCGCUCUCAAAGUGUCUGCCACAGGAUUGCUGAGGAGUUGAAGCGAGAGGAGCGCUGAGUUAUUCAGCUGGCCUCUUAUUGCUCCAGGAGAGUCCUUCCACCUGCCUGCAUGGGACAUUCUACAUUCAGCACUUUCACCCUUUACUGGACUUUUACAUGUGUUUUGUCUUUUGCGACUUGCAGUCCAGAACCCUGAGAGGCAAGUUUGCACUUUUGGACUCACUUUAAAUCACUUGAAUAGCAAAACUCAUCUGGACAUUUUUCGGCAAUUUGGUUUAUACCUCAUUCUGCUGUGGGAUGCCUCGUAAACACAUUUUGCCCUGAGCGCCGUGUGUGCCGAGAGAGCUGUGACGUUAUCUCAUGCGGAGAUCCCCAUGUUGUUCUAGCCUGUGUCUGUGUUUUGAUUCAGACAAUAGCUGGGCAUACAUGGGCUCCAGACACUGACCAGAGGACCACCAACUAAAGGAAGCCUGGUGUUACAUUGUAAACACACUACCGCCCAUAGCACAGCGGAACUUUGGAUUUAAUUCAAUGGUCUAUUUUUGGAGAAGGAUGUCGUUUUUUUCCAGACUUUGGUGAAAUAGUUUGUAUUGAAUUAUAACCACAUUCAGUUCAUUUAAUCUGAUGUGCUGCUUACCUGUUUGAUCUCCUGUGAGGAACUGUCAAUAGUGCCGAGCAUUGUGCGCGCCUUCGUGCUUUAACCUCUUCAUAUGGUGUCGUCUGCCCUCGUUUGGACAUCGUAUGCCAUCAGCAUCCCGGUGGCAACCCUCAUUAGCAUCAGGGGACGAGGCCACAGACCUGCAGGCAAAGCAGCAGGGCUGCCCGCCUUCGGAAUAGAUGCUGGCCACUGCGCCAAUGCUCCCUGGUUUCCUGAAGCUAUACAGCUUCUUUCACUCUACCACUGACCGUAACCUACCCACUACGUGUACCAACCAUGCCUGAUUGGAAAAGGACAGCUAAACGAGUUGUCGUACCCGCCCAGAGGCUGUAUUGAUUUUCCUCCAGUCCGUGUUCAAUUGAUUGAGACCCAGCUAUGUGAGAGUCUGGUGAAAGAGAGAGAGAGCGAGAGUAUUGAGCUUGGUGAACUGAAGAAGGCUGCAGGCACCCUAUGUAGAUGGGGUGGGGGGCAGGCACUCCAGUUGCAGGCCGGCUGCCUCAUGGGUGACACACCACAAACCUGACCCACCUGGACAGCACCCAAAACAAUGAACCAGUCUGGACUGACAACGGACCCGCCGCUCACUGCCAACAGCAGUCAUGGAGACUUUGUUCCUUACAGGUCCGCCAACCACUCUUGUCCCUUGGGCUGGGGACUGAACGAAGGCCUGGAGGCGUGCGUCCUGGAGACUGCUGUCAUUGUACUACUGACGGUGCUCAUCAUUGCAGGAAACCUGACGGUGAUCUUUGUGUUCCACUGUGCCCCUCUACUUCACCACUACACCACCAGCUACUUCAUCCAGACCAUGGCCUACGCCGACCUGCUGGUGGGUCUUAGCUGCCUGGUUCCCACCCUGUCUCUGCUCCAUUACCCCGCGGGUGUUCAAGAGCCCAUCACGUGCCAGGUUUUCAGCUACGUCAUCUCCGUUCUGAAGAGCGUUUCAAUGGCCUGCUUGGCUUGUAUCAGUGUGGAUCGCUACCUGGCCAUAACUAAGCCUCUGUCUUACAACCAGCUGGUGACGCCAUGCAGACUACGAGGCUGCAUCACUCUAAUUUGGGUGUACUCCAGCCUGGUUUUCUUGCCUUCCUUCUUCGGAUGGGGAAAGCCAGGCUAUCAUGGGGACAUCUUUGAGUGGUGUGCACACUCUUGGCCCACCUCUGCCCUCUUCACAGGCUUCGUGGUGUGUUUGCUUUACGCGCCCGCGGCACUUGUGGUUUGUUUUACCUAUUACCAUAUCUUUCGCAUCUGCCAGCAGCACAACCGGGAGAUCAGUGAACGGCGGGCACGUUUCCCCAGCCAGGAGAUGGAGGCCGGUGAGGGGGGCGCCAGUGGGCACCAUGGGGGGCACGGCCCCGAUCGGCGCUAUGCGAUGGUGCUGUUCCGCAUCACCAGUGUAUUCUAUAUGCUUUGGCUGCCCUACAUAAUCUACUUCCUGCUAGAGAGCUCCCAUGUGCUGGACAGCCCUGCCCUCUCCUUCAUCACCACCUGGCUGGCUAUUAGCAACAGCUUUUGCAACUGUGUCAUCUACAGCCUGUCUAAUAGUGUGUUCCGCCUGGGCAUGCGAAGGCUCUCGCAGACAAUUUGCUCCUUCAGCCACUGCGCAGCCGACGACAGGGACUUUGGGGAGCCUAAGCCUAGGAAGAGGGCAAAUUCAUGCUCCAUCUGAUGGCGCGACGUUUACAGGAUGAGGAUUACCGCUGGAAUCUAAAAAAAUGGGGAACAAAAAUCUUAACAAGCCUAGGAGCUAGUUAGCUUUCAGUAACAUUGAGGGCUUAACUGAACGGAAAAUGGAUUCUGUUGUUUCAGCCGGUCAGCUGACACCAGUGACAUUGCCUUGGUCUCAGUAAAUCAUGGUUUACUGCAUUAUAAGCUUUUUAGGGAGAUGGGUUGCUCUGUCUAAACAGAGAAGAAGUUAAUGUUUAUUCAUUGGAAGUCUGCCCAUGUCUUUCUUAGCCUUUACAUCUCACUGCAUAUCAACCAGGUUGUAGAUAGUGAAAAGAAUAAACUUCAAACUCCAAAAGAUUUACAAAUAUCUUUCGACAUCAAAUGUGGCCAUACUAUUUAAUGCCGUUACAUUGUUUUAGUAGUUGUGAAGUGGAUCGGCCCUUGAUUUGAUGUCUCCAUUACCUGUUUUUAGAGAGACUAAAUAACCUACACCUACGUGGGCUAAUAAACCGGUUUCAAAUUUAUAAAUGGGUAAUAUACUUUUUAGUUGUACAAACGCAAAUUGACAAUGAUGGCAAUGAUUAUGCUGAUGAUAAAUAACACACUGCGUAACUCUUUUCUAGAGGAAAGGGCACUGCUGAAAUAGUUUGUGUUGAUUCUGUUUUUGCCGGUGAAAAGAUGAGAGAUAAAGAAGUAGUGAUGGGCCAAGCUCUGAUCUGACAUUUGGUUAAAAUGUGAUGAAAGCUGUUUACUGAGAUCCUCUGCAGAAUGUAAUGCAUGAUGUAGAUAUUAUCUGUAACCUUAAAUGGUAAAACACCAAUUUAACAUGGUUUGUGCAGCACAUAAUACCCCAUACGUCAAAGCAUCAGACCAAGGACUGUUAAAAUAUGUAAAUUGUAAAAUGUGUUUGAAGUCGAAAUGCCCCAAAUACGAUGUUUCCCUGGACACAACAUGCUAACAACAUGCUGACAUUGACCACUGUUGAAGCGUGGUUAUUGUUGACCAGUUCUAUUAAAAAGCACAGUAUGUCUAGAAUUCAGAUGGGUUUGACGCCGAGGACCUUAUGUUGAAGGCAGUGAACUUGUGCUCGCAGCAGAUAACUACUAGUAGAGUUUUUCUUUUUUUUUUAAUAGCCAUUUAAUAGCCAUUGGUAUGGCUUUGUUAUGAGUAUUCUGCUAAGGGUUUCAUGCAUGAGCGUUCAUCACGAACAACUAAAUUUUGCACCCCCCCUCCUCCCUGUACAGGUCAAUGUAUAUUAAAUAGUGAACAAACUGAAUUAAAACCUAAACAGCAGGUUUAGUUCUGAAACAGAAAUCGGUCUGUGAGCCAUAGAUCUGAGCUGACUUCAGAAUAUCUUUGCUAGUUGCACCUCGUGGUUGUUGCUUUUGAUCCACUCACAAACUUCUCUUGAGUCGAUCAUAGAUAUAGAAGAAAAAAAGAGAAGAGAAAAGUGAUAGUAUUUGCUGUGUUGACCAAAAUAUAGGCUUGUUUUAGGUUCUCUGAAUCAGUGAUGCAGUUAUCCUCAGCUCAAAUGAUGUCUUUAUUUCCCAGCAACAGUGGACAGGGCUCAGGUUCAUGUGAUCUGAUCUGUCUGGAGGUCGCUGUGAGGUGGAAAUCUUAACUGAUGUCAAAUGACAUGCUUAGUUUCCAUAAAGGUUUAGGGCCAGCAGUACCUUAUUUUAUGGCAGUUUUGGUAAACUUUUGGCCCGACAAUCCUCGUUACUUUUAAUGUGCCCCACUCUCUUUCAACUGUACCAAUUCGGUGAUUGAAAAAAGAUCACAGACCUCAAACUGCAGGCCUGAAUAUCUCACAUUCGUCUUGCGAAAUGACCCUAGUAUCUAGUGUGCACUUCUCACACUAGAAUGCCACUGUAAUUUUGGUAGAUGGGCUUUAGAAAUUUUCCUUAUCCUCUUUCAGGGUGUCUGUGCCCAGAUGGCAGAAUAUAGGUGUUAGAAAUGGAGUCCCGGAAUGGCCCAUUCUGCUAAAAAGAAAAAAAUGAUAUUUGCAUUUGAUAAACAAAGUGCAGAUGUGUGUUGUAAAACAACCCACAAAUUGUCUGGUUAUGAAUCUCAUACUUUUAAACAGUAUUCUAGUCACUUCAGUUAAUUUCCCUUGUACAUUCCCUUGAUCGUUGAAUCAGGUUCAAAGCAUAAUUUAUUUCAAAAGAAUACACCCACGUAAUAUAGCCAAUAAGUUACGGAUCUCCCUCUUUGCUCAUUGAGUGGUGUUAUCUGUGGUGUAGGCCUCGCUUCUAGUGUUUGUCCAUGCACAGCAAACCCAGCCCCUUGAUAUUGUAAAUGCUUUCAAUUCUGCUUAACAGUAGCCUGUAGAGGUCGUGCUUCAUUUUAAAGCUGCAUUAAGUGAUUUCGGACCACCGGGGAAGAGAGACUGAGCCUUUGGCUUAUUGGAAGUGUGCUGCUUCAUAUCCAGCUAAAACAGAGCUGCCUGAUGAUGGCAUUCAUGAGUCUCUCUGGCCUUUGUGAUUGAAUGUAGGUUCCAUAUUGUUUUUGAGCCACGGUCUGGUAAACCAACACAAAUAAAAAGUUAAAGAAAUAUUUAUCUACAUACCCAACUGUUGUUUACCAGCUAUUGUUUCCCUUUGGCUCUCUACAGUUCUGCAUAAGGUGAGCAGCCUACUGUCAACUUAAAAGACUAAGGCGCUGACAGUGGCUGUGCUCUUGUGUGCCGGCGUUGUGUUUUCUUCAGCAUUCGUCACAUUCAAUAUAUUCAAGAGUUGUUUGAGUCAGGGUGAAAAAUAUUGCUUUAUGCAGCUUUAACACAUUUCAGAUUGUUCUGUAUGUGUCUAAAGAUGUGUUUUAUUAGAAAAGUAAAAAAAAAAAAAAAGAAGUACUGUUACAUCGACAUGCUGCAAAAAAAAAGGUCAAAUCGUUACAUUAACCUAACGUAUGACCGUGUACACAUCUGAAGUCACAACGUGGUUGGAUUUAGAAAUCCGCUUCUUUGUAGUCUUUCAGAUGGGUUUCCACUUGAACCAAGAAUCAGUCCAUUUUUUCUUUCGUCAAUCCGAUUUGUACCUUUUUAAGUGGGUACAUGUUCCACUAUCUGACACCUACAUCAUAUCAUGAUAAGAGGAGACUGCCGAUAUCAAAGUCUUUUAGCCAUGUGCCCUGGCAUAUCUGAGAAAUAUCAGUAGUAAACCACAGCAUAGCCGUGUCAAAUACAAUUACUUUUAUUUUGAUAGCUUGUGUUUUUUGGUGCUCCUUUGGAGCAUAGUGCUGUGGGUUAGUAGAAGAAAUGUAUAUGGUCCGGAUUAGUGCUUUAUUAUCUUCAUGUGUUGACCAACAACAACACAGCCACAAAGAAAACAGGCGAAAGAAAAGUAAUAGCCUAGAACAAAAUAGCUCAAUUGUUACCAUGUAAUGUAGAAGUUGGAAUAUACCAUUCAAUUGAGGCUAUUGUAUUUGAUCUAAAGUUGCACAUUCAUAGCUGUGGUGGACUUUUUUUAGCAGCUAGUGAAACGAGUGUCUUGGCUUCAGAUUACAAAAAUCUGAAGAGCCACUGAAUGAAUAUUUAAAAUGUAAAUUGUUUUUAUGUGUUUGUAUUAUGGCGACCAAUUUUAAGCGGGAGAAAUCCAAAACUGUUAACUUGUUCAAACAAGUCAUCUUUUAAGUGCAUUGAUCAAGGCUUUUAGUAAAAGAGUUUUAUUAAUUGCGGGAUAACAUGUAUUUAUUUAUAAAAAUGUUAAAACCUUUACACAAUAUACGGUAUAUUGGUAUACUGUAUGUAAAGUGUGUGUCUAUUUUUACCUGCUGUACAGCCAAAAGAAAUCAGACAUAUUCUGACAAAGGUAUGGCACACCCAUUUGUGUUAAGUCAACUAGGCUGCUGAUGUUUUAAAUAGGAGGCAGUGUGUGUGUUAGAUUACAUAGUAUAUAUUUUUUUAUUUUUAAAUUGUGUCAAAGACUAUGGUUUUGUUGUUGCUGCCUACCCAAUAAAGGUGAAAAUAGUAGACAUUUC